AUGACUGGUCACACACAAAUUGAAGUGAUACCAUGCAAAAUUUGUGGAGAUAAGUCAUCUGGAAUACACUAUGGAGUCAUCACGUGUGAAGGCUGUAAGGGAUUCUUCAGGAGGAGUCAGCAGAACAAUGCCUCUUACUCCUGCCCAAGGCAGAGAAACUGUUUAAUUGACAGAACCAACAGAAAUCGUUGCCAACACUGCCGACUGCAAAAGUGUCUUGCCCUAGGAAUGUCUAGAGAUGCUGUGAAAUUUGGAAGGAUGUCCAAAAAGCAGAGGGAUAGCCUAUAUGCUGAAGUGCAGAAGCACCAGCAGCGACUGCAGGAGCAAAGGCAGCAGCAGAGUGGUGAGGCAGAAGCUCUUGCCAGGGUAUACAGCAACAGCAUCAGCAAUGGCCUAAGCAACCUGAACAACGAAACUGGUGGCACUUACUCAAACGGACACGUCAUUGACCUGCCCAAGUCUGAGGGUUAUUACAAUGUGGAUUCUGCCCAGCCCUCCCCAGAUCAGUCUGGGUUAGAUAUGACUGGAAUCAAACAGAUAAAGCAAGAACCUAUCUAUGACCUCACUUCUGUACCAAACUUGUUUACCUAUAGCUCUUUCAACAAUGGGCAAUUAGCACCGGGGAUAACCAUGACUGAAAUAGAUCGAAUUGCACAGAAUAUCAUUAAGUCCCAUUUGGAGACAUGUCAAUAUACAGUGGAAGAACUACACCAGCUAGCGUGGCAGACCCACACAUACGAAGAAAUUAAAGUUUAUCAGAGCAAGACAAGAGAAGCACUGUGGCAGCAGUGUGCCAUUCAGAUCACUCAUGCUAUUCAGUAUGUGGUGGAGUUUGCAAAGCGGAUAACAGGCUUCAUGGAGCUCUGUCAAAAUGAUCAAAUUCUACUCCUUAAGUCAGGCUGCUUGGAAGUGGUUUUGGUGAGAAUGUGCCGUGCCUUCAACCCACUCAACAACACCGUUCUGUUUGAAGGAAAGUAUGGAGGAAUGCAAAUGUUCAAAGCCUUGGGUUCUGAUGAUCUGGUGAAUGAAGCAUUUGACUUUGCAAAGAAUUUAUGUUCCUUACAGCUGACUGAAGAGGAGAUUGCCUUGUUUUCAUCUGCUGUUCUGAUAUCACCAGAUCGAGCCUGGCUAGUAGAACCAAGGAAGGUCCAGAAGCUUCAGGAAAAGAUUUACUUUGCACUUCAACAUGUGAUUCAGAAGAACCAUCUUGAUGAUGAGACUUUAACAAAGUUAAUAGCCAAGAUACCAACCAUUACUGCACUUUGCAACUUGCACGGAGAGAAACUGCAGGUAUUUAAACAAUCUCAUCCAGAUAUAGUGAACACGCUCUUUCCUCCAUUAUACAAGGAGCUUUUCAAUCCAGACUCUACCACUGGCUGCAAGUGA